AUGAGUGUCUCUGUGCUGAGCCCCAUCAGAGCCCUGGGCAGUGUCCCGGGGCUCCUGCAUGUGGCUUCACUGUUCAGGCUGCUGCUGCUUCUCCUCGAGGCACCACAGUUCUAUCUGCGCAAACAGUGGCUACUCAAAGCCCUCCAGCAGUUCCCGUCCCCUCCUUCCCACUGGCUCUAUGGACACAGCAGGGAGAUCCACAGCUAUGGACCAGGCGAUGGUUUGCUCCUGUUGGUUGGGCAGGUGUGGUUCCAGCACUGGCGGAUGCUGACCCCAGCCUUCCACUAUGACGUCCUGAAGCCCUACAUGCGUCUCAGGGCCAACUCUGUCCAGGUGAUGCUGGACAAGUGGGAGCAGCUCGUCGCCCAGGACCCACGUCUGGAGAUCGUGGGACCCGUCUCCUUGAUGACCCUGGACACCAUCAUGAAGUGCGCCUUCAGCCACCAGGGCAGCGUCCAGACUGACGGGAACUCCCACUCCUACCCCCAGGCCAUCAGGGACUCAGCAACCUGUUCAUCCCCCCGGGUGAGAAAUGCCUUCCUCCUAAAGGGCAUCACCUAUAGGCUGAGACCUGGAAGCCGCCUGAGCCGCUGAACCUGCAAGCUGGCGCAUUCCAAAACAGACCGAGUGAUCCAGCUGAGGAAGGCGCAGCUGCAAAAGCAGGGAGAGAUGGAGAACGUGAGGAAGAAGAGGCACUUGGAUUUCCUGGACAUCCUCCUCCUUGCCCGAAUGGAGAAGGGGAACAGCUUGCCGGACACCGACCUCCGUGCUGAAGUGGACACGUUCAUGUUCGAGGGUCAUGACACCACAGCCAGUGGCAUCUCCUGGAUCCUCUAUGCUCUGGCCUCCCACCCUGAGCAUCAGCAGAGAUGUCGGGAGGAGAUCCAAGGCCUCCUGGGGGAUGGCACCUCCAUCACCUGGGACCACCUGGACCAGAUGCCCUACACCACCAUGUGCAUCAAGGAGGCCCUGAGACUCUAUCCGCCAGUACCAGGAGUUAGCAGAGAGCUCAGCAAGCCCAUCACCUUCCCUGAUGGACGCUCCUUACCUGCAGGUAUGAGCAUCACCACACCCACUAACCUCAGCAUCUGCAGGAACACAUGGGAGCUCAGACACCCACGUGGACGACUCCAUCCAGCAGGGGGUGGGGUGACCAUGUGGGCACCACGCCCUCUGUCCUGGGACGCAGGCUGGCCAAGGCCCUCACCCCCCUCCACCACUUCCCCUUGGGGACAGGAGACCCUCUGCCCCAGCUUCAAGCGGUGGGCAGGCUGGGAGGUGCCGGGCAGCUGUGAGCAGGAGGAGGAAAAUGGGUUUGCAGCGGGAGGAGACCCCUGCUGCUGCGGGGUCACCAGGAUGCUGGUGCGGUCUCUGGGCCCUGAGAGGGGCGACCACCCGUGGGCAUGA